AUGGGGACGGAAUUGCCGCAGUACGUGGCGCUCCGAUCAAAGACCGACGGGAAGUAUCUACACUACAUGUGGAACGAGGAGGAAUUCGGCGAGUUCUACAAGUUUUCCGGCACGAAAAAGGACGUCGAUCCGGUCAGCCCGUUCGCCAAGGUGGAGAUCGUCCCUUCCCCGGGCACUUACGGCGCCUACAUCUACCUCCGCUCCGCCUACAACAACAAAUACCUGAUCCCGGUGAAACUGCACGGCAUCAACUUCCUGUCCUUCUCCGCCGACUCCCCCAACGACGACAUGUCCCUGGUCGGCGUCUCCACCCGCUUCGAACCCUUCACGCCUUCCGACAUGCCCAACACCAUCUGGUUCCGUUACGCCGCCAACCAAACCCCUAUCUACAUCACCACCAACGCCGACGAAGACGACCCGGCCCUGGACCAGCUGGCAUGCCUCUACUCUCAGGACCGAGCCUACAGGACGUACUUCGAGUACGCUGCUUGGGAGUCGUACGAGGAUAAGAUGAAGGCAAAUGAGCAGGAGAUCCAGUCGCGUGACGUGGAGAUUCAGACGCUGAAGGGUCAGGUGGCUGCCGAUGAGGGCGAUAAGGUUAAGCUGAAAGGACAGGUGGCGGCUUGGGAGACGUACGAGGAGGAGCGGAAGGCCAAACUGGCGGAGGAGAUGGAGAAGCUGCAGUCUGCCUGGGAGUCGUUCCAGUCAGACGUCACGGCUGGGGCUGAUCCGCCUAAAGAUUGA